UUCAUAUAUCAAUCCACAGAAGAAGAAAAAAAGUACGAAAAUGGCAGGAAUUCGAAGAGUCAAACUGGGUUCACAGGGUUUUGAGGUAUCAGCUCAGGGUUUGGGUUGUAUGGGCAUGUCCGCUUUCUAUGGAGCCCCGAAACCCGAACCUGACAUGAUCAAGCUCAUCCACCACGCCAUUAACGCAGGCAUUACCUUUCUUGACACCUCUGACAUCUACGGCCCUCAAACCAACGAGAUCCUUAUCGGCAAGGCUUUGAAGGGAGGGGUGAGGGAGAAAAUGGAGCUGGCUACCAAAUUUGGGAUCAAAUACGAUACUGAUGCGAUGGAUGUUUGUGGAGAUCCGGCCUAUGUAAAGUAUGCUUGUGAAGCUAGCUUGAAGAGACUUGGCGUUGAUUGUAUUGAUCUUUAUUAUCAACACAGGAUUGACAAUACUGUUCCAAUCGAAAUCACGAUGGGAGCAAUGAAGGAGCUGGUGGAAGAAGGAAAGAUUAAAUAUGUUGGAUUAUCGGAGGCAUCCGCAUCAACCAUCAGAAGAGCUCAUGCUGUGCACCCAAUAACAGCCGUACAACUAGAAUGGUCCUUGUGGUCAAGAGAUGUUGAAGAAGAUAUCAUUCCUACUUGCAGAGAACUUGGGAUUGGUAUUGUUACAUACAGUCCUCUAGGACGAGGGUUCUUCUCAUCUGGUCCAAAGAUGCUUGAGAAGUUGGAAGAUGGUGAUUUCCGUAAGUACUUGCCAAGGUUCCAAGCUGAAAAUAUCGAGCACAACACCAAAAUGUUCGACAGAGUGAAUGAGAUGGCGGCAAAGAAGGAGUGCACCCCAUCACAGCUAGCAUUGGCUUGGGUUCACCACCAGGGAAACGAUGUGGUGCCAAUUCCAGGAACCACUAAGAUUGAGAAUCUUGAACAGAACAUUGGAGCUUUAUCUGUGAAGCUAACACCAGAAGACAUGGCUGAACUUGAAGCUAUUGCUUCAGCUGAUUCAGUCAAGGGGGAUCGAUAUGGUGAUGGUAUUUCCACAUUUAAGGACACUGAAACUCCACCAUUGUCAUCUUGGAAAGCUUGAUUAAUGCCGUGAUUGAUAAUGUUGUUUGAAGUGUGCUGCUAUAUAUACAUGCAUCAGAUCUCUUUUUCCAUGAAGAUGCUGGAUCAACACUGCGAGUUGUUUGUUUGAUAUGUAAUUUGUUUUCCUUUAAGAACCCUGUUUCGUGUUUAUUUUGGUUAAACUUGAUCAGGUGUGUGGUUUUACCAUUGCGAUGUAAGUAUAUGAGUUUUCGAGAACCAUAAAUAAAAUCUUAUGAUUUCCCAGUUUA